AUGGCGCAGAAAGGAGAUCAGCUGGACCAAGAAUCUUUUUCUUGUUCGAUCUGUUUGGAUCUUUUAAAGCAUCCCGUGACUAUUCCCUGUGGACACAGUUACUGUAUGAAGUGUAUUAACAACUUCUGGGAUGGAGAAAAGGAGAAAAAACUCCCCAGCUGUCCUCAAUGUAGACGGACGUUCACACCGAGACCUGAGCUGAUGAAAAACACCAUGCUAGCUGAUUUAAUGGAGGAGAUGAAGAAGACUGGACUCCAAGCUCUGGUGGAUCCCUCCAAGAACCUGCAGGACAACAUCUGCCCCCGUCAUGAUGAGGUGAUGAAGAUGUUCUGUCGUACUGAUCAGAAGUGUAUCUGUUAUCUCUGCUCUGUGGAUGAACAUAAAGGCCACGAUACAGUCUCAACUGCAGCAGAAAGGACUGAGAGGCAGAGAGAGAUGGAGGUGAGUCGACAACAAAUCCAGCAGGAGAUCCAGGACAGAGAGAAAGAUGUGAAGCUGCUUCAGCAUGAGGUGGAGGCCAUCAAUCAGUCUGCUGAUAAAACAGUGGAGGACAGUGAGGAGAUCUUCACUGAGCUGAUCUCUCUCCUCCAGAAAAGAAGCUCUGAUGUGAAGCAGCAGAUCAGAUCCCAGCAGGAAACGGAAGUGAGUCGAGUCAGAGAGCUUGAGGAGAAGCUGCAGCAGGAGAUCACUGACUUGAAGAGGAGAGACGCUGAGAGGAAGCAGCUCACAGACACCAAGGACCACAACCAGUUUCUCCACAACUACCCCUCACUGUCACCACUCAGUGAGUCCACACACUCCUCCAGCAUCAGCAUCCGUCCUCUCAGGUACUUUCAGGAUGUGACAGCAGCUGUGUCAGAGGUCAGAGGUCGACUACAGGACAUCCUGAGAGACACGUGGACAAACAUCUCACUGACCAUCACUGAUGUGGAUGUUUUACUGCCACAACCAGAACCAAAGAGCAGAGCUGAAUUCUUGAAAUAUUCAUGUGAAAUCACUCUGGAUCCAAACACAGUAAACACACUGCUGUUACUGUCAGAGGAGAACAGAAAGGUGACUUUUAUGAAUCAACGUCAGUCUUAUUCUAGUCAUCCAGACAGAUUCAGUGAUGUUGCUCAGGUCCUGAGUAGAGAGAGUCUGACUGGACGUCAUUACUGGGAGGUGGAGAAGAAAGCAAGUGAAGUUGGUUUAGCAGUCACAUACAAGAAUAUCAGCAGAUCAGGUAGUUGGAAAGGAUAUGGUUUUGGAGGAAAUGACAAAUCUUGGUCACUCUAUUGUGACUCAGACAGAUAUGUAUUUUGGCACAACAACAUCAGUUCCUCCAUGUCAGGUCCAAAGACCUCCAGAAUAGGAGUUUACCUGGAUCACAGAGCAGGUGUUCUGUCCUUCUACAGCGUCUCUGAAACCAUGACCCUCCUCCACAGAGUCCAGACCUCCUUCACUCAGCCACUCUACGCUGGAGUCGGGGUUGCUAACACUUCUGGACACUCAGCUGAGUUCUGUAAACUCAAAUAGACUUUAUUUCUUCUCCA